CCGACAUCUCUUCAUGUACAAAUACCUAGAGAAUGAAGAGCUAGAAAAUAGAUAUAUAUUUUUGGAUAAUAAACAUCACAACACUAUUUAUUCAGAUCCAAAUAUUCCAAUUGAAGAUGUCAAGUUUUCUACUGAAGAAAUAAAAAAUCGUAGGGAUCGAGAAAUGCAAGCAAAAAGAAACUCAACGGCAGAAAUAGCUUUAUUGCUAAAAGAAAAAAUGCUACAGAUGAACACUGUUGCGUUAAUAACUGACUCGGAUCUUGAAGCUAUAACAAAGAAAAGAAAAUUUGCUUCAAAAAGUUGGUUUUUGUUUAUUCAGAUAAGAAGUCUAGGCUGUUGUUCAAUCUAUCAGUUAAAUAUGGUAAUACAGUUGCUGACUUGUUUUGAGCCUGUCUUUGAUCUUGAGCAGAAAAAAAUGCAAGAGUUGCUGCUUCUGUUCGGUUUUUGUACCAGCCUUUUACAAAUUGUCUAGGUAAUCUUAUGUCCCACAUUAAGAAAGCCGCAAGGCUGAACCUUGUUGAAAGAGAGAAAAAAGUUUUGGCACCUGUGAAAAGUGUUUUUUU